CUAGUAUAUAAAGAGAACGGAACGCGUGAUUCCAACGUCUUCGAAAAAGAAGAAGAAAAAAAGAGCGAAUGAGUUUUGGCGUUUUAAACUCGAUUCUGUGACUCAAGGGUUAACUUGGAGGCGGCCAUUGCUCCGUCUAAGCAUGAUGGAGAAAAACAGGGGAUCUAUGUCUUCCAUUGUAGACAAACAUGGAGUUUUAUCUAAACGUAAGUUGCGUUCUGAAUCUGCUGAUGAUGAUUUAUCUGAUAUCAAUGACGCCGAGAUUACUGGUUAUCUUAACAACAAAAAGGAGAUGCUUUUCAAGAAGUUCAUUUGGGAAGCCAUGAAUAAAGAUUAUCAAAAGAAGAAACAAAGCAAGCCUGCUACAAGGAAAAAUUCUUCUGCUAGGAAAGCUGUUGGUAGCAGGAUGGAGAAAGUAACGGAGGAGGAGGUGGUGGAGAAGAAAAAGGGACUAAGUUCAAAAAUCAACUAUGAUGCACUGGAGAAGCUAAACAAUGAACCUGAGGAGAAAGAUUCCGAAAAGGCUAAGGAAGGUAUAGACUCGAACAGAGACAAGCAGAUUGAAAGAGAGCACUCCAAAGGAUCAUCAACUUUGGAAGAUGGUGGCUUUGAGGAAGACAAUUUUAGUGACGAGUCUGAGCACGAGAAUGCUUAUCUAUGCUCAUACGAGGAGGAUGAGGAGUAUGGUUAUGGGGAAGAUAAUGAAUAUGAAGAGUAUUGAUAUGGUUAUAGGUAGGAUUAUGGUUAUGAAGAGUUUUAUGUGAUUUUUGUUGAGUUUCGAGGCAUGCUAUUUGGACACAAUCAUGUGAUCAAAUUUUGGGGGAAGCUUCGGCCCUUCUCUAAAAGAAAAAAGAAAAAAGGAAGUAAAAGCUUUUACCACCAUAUCAAUUGGUUAUAAGUUACUUCGUGUGGGGACCAAUAGAGCUUGUUAUAUAAAUAGAUUUAUUGAUAUAUAUUAUAGAUUUUGUUAUCAGUAUAAAA